AUGAAUAGAAAAAAGGUUAAAGAAGGAGGAGAGGAAGAAGAACAAGUCAAGAUGUUUCAAAAGAAGAAUACUUUUCAAUUAAUAUUGAAUCAAGUUUAUAUUAGAAGACAGAUAUUCAAUCAUGUUAGUUCUAUUCACAAACAAUUAGAGAUUGAAACUGUUAAAGUAUCAUCACUUUAUACAUUGGUUGAUUACAUUCAAUAUGGUUUAGAUGAUUUAUUCUUUAAACAUAUAGAUCAACUUUGGAGAAUGAUGUUUGAAUCAUCUGAUGGUAUUUAUAGAAAUAAUGGUAAAAUAACAAAAAUUAUGUCAUCAUCAAUUCAAUAUCAAAAUGAUAGAAUAUUAGAAUAUAUAUUAAAUAGAAUUAGAAAAGAGAUUGGACCAUUUCAAACUAUGGUUGUUGUGGAUUUUGAUCAAAAUAAUCUUUAUAGUCUUGGUGAAAAGGUGUUUAAUCUAUUGAUCAAGGACAAUGUAUUCAUAGAGUCUAAUGUAUUGUUGCGUAAAAUGGUAGAGACUGCUAUUAUGAUGGUUGGAGAUGUAGAUGUGGUUCAGCAGAUUUUCAAACGAUACGAUAUCAACAGCAAACCCAAUACUCGGAUUUAUCAAGUCGGUAAAGUACUAGAUGCCACAAUGUUUGAUAAAAAGAAGGAUUUUGAGAUAAAGGAGCUAUAUCAAGUUGCUCAAGGGUUGCAAAAACAAAAACGUGGACACAGCCAAUAUGGAUUCAGCGUGAACGACAUGGCUCGAUGUGCAUUGUUAAAAGAUCGACUCGAGUUGAUCAAACUCACAUUACCUUUACAUAAAUACUCUUCUCCAGAUGUUCUCUCUACAAACGACGCCAUUCGAUCAAAUGCCAGAAAGAACGAACUCUUGGGGUUCAACUUUGGUUCCUUGUCCAAUCAUGAUAAAGAAGGUUUGCUGGACAAGAUAAAUAAUGGUACAGACAUUGAAUUGUUCAAGUACAUUCAUAGUACCAUAAUCAAAAACAACAACAACAACAACAACAACAACAACAACAACAACAACAACAACAACAACAACAACAACAAAAUCAGUAACUACACAUGGAGUAGCUACAACAACUUUACAAUCUACAACUAUAACUACAACAAUGAUAAUUAUUAUCAACUGGAAAAGGGAAAAAGAAUCUUGGUAAAAUCACUUGCAAAUGGAGUAGAGGAAGUUAUCACAUUUGAAUUGAACAAUGGUUCAGGUGGAAAACCAAUGUUCUUUAACAAGGUUGCACUCAAAUCGAUUCAUCCAGUGUUUUGUUCACGUAAAUAUAUCGAUUUGUUUUCAAAACAAGCUACUGAAAUCAUUACUGGAAGAUCCUCUGAUAUUAUCCGAUCAACUCUCACACAAGCUCCAAAGGGUAGAGAAUUAGAUGAACUAGAUUAUCUACUAAAGUCACCAUUUGGACAUUCAGUUUGUAUUGAUUUGGCAGAUUCUAUUUCAUCGGUCAUUGAAAUGGGUGAUGAUCUAUUUGGUCAUUUACUCACAAGAUUAGAAGACCAUAUCCAACAUCACCCAGAGAAAUGUAAAAUCCGUUUCGAUUCUAUUCACAAGUACACGAAAUCCGAGUAUCCAAGACGCGAACAAUUCAUAGCGGCAAUGGAAAAGAUUCUAGAUAUUCCUGGUGUAACCAAUAUGGAGGAGGAAUAUGAGAAUAAUGAUUUUAAUUGGAUUCUUGCACCCUCUUUGGUUGUUAAAAUAACCAACAUUAUUCACAAUAGUUCAAGUAAAGAAUUUCUACUCUCUAGUGCAGCCAUGUCAAAUGACAUUAAGCUGUACAAACAAGUUUUUGGAUUAGUUGAACAACUCAAUCUUGAACCAUGUCCAAGACAUUUUAUCAAAAUACUUCCUCGAAUCAUCUCUGCAGGCAAUUAUUCAUUUGCCAAGGAAUUCUUGCAAUUCCAUAAAUCAUUUCAAUUGGCUGAAUCUCCAAUCAAAAAAUUUAAAAAGGAUAUCAAUACUCUAUUUAAAUUAUAUUUGGAUUUAACGGAUCGAAAUGAUGAUCAACAAAUUGCAAAUACUGUUAUGGAAAUUGUACCAGAAUAUCUUAGAUCAGAAAUCAUCUAUUAUGCAACUGAAUUGACAAAUGAUCAAUUUAAUUUACUUUGGCUUGAAUAUGCAAAUAUGUAUUUGGAUUUAAAUGAAUGGUUGUCAAAUCCAUCAAAACAUCACAAACAAUUAAAAUAUGAUCAAAAAUUCUUUGAUCAUUUAGAAAGAAUAUAUCAAUAUUUUAAACAAGAGCAAUUACAAGUACAUCAAUCGAUUAAAACUAGAUUUAAUCCACCUCCAUUGAAUUUAAAAUAUAUUGGAAUAUUAAAUCAAUGUUUAGAUAAAUAUUAUUUCAACAAAGAUAAUAAUAAUAAUAAUAAUAGUAUUGUCAAUAAUUAUACUUUAAAAGAAUAUAAUCAAUUUAUUGAUAAAGCAUUAGAAAUUGGUUUCAUCCCUAAUCAUUGUAAAAAGUAG